AUGCAAGCUUGGGGGAGGUUAGGAGGUUACAUAAGACGCGGUGUGUGCAAUGUUUCUGGGCCGUUUCUUCCGUUCGGGGGGGCUGUUGAUAUUAUUGUUGUUCAGCAGAAAGAUGGGAGCUUUAAAUCAUCUCCUUGGUAUGUUAGGUUUGGAAAAUUUCAAUGGGUUAUGAAGGCGGCGAAGAGGGAGAAGGUUAAGGUUAGUGUUAGUGUUAAUGGGGUUGAAACUGAUUUUCAUAUGUGUUUGAGUCCUAAAGGGGACGCUUUUUUUCUUCAUGGGAAUUCUUCGCAACAUGGUGAAGGAGAAGAAGGACAAGAGGAACAAGAAGAAGGAGAAGAUGGGAUAGAGUCUAUGUGGUGUUAUGAUGAUAUUCAAGUGAGAGGUAGUAAUAAGAGGCAAUUCAAGUCGAAAAGUUGUAACUUUCGUUCUGAGGAUCCGAUUGUAGAUAGGACUGGUUCUCGCCGUUCGAGAAUGUGUAGGCUUGUAUUUGGGCCGAGUUCUGAUGGUGGUGAUGGUGAAGAUGUUGAUGCAGAUUUAGUGGAGCGUGCUGAAAUUGCUGCGAAGUUGUUGGAUUUAAGGUGGUCUACUAAUCUCACUUUUGAUGAACUUCCCUAUCGGGAAGGAAAGAAGACUCGAGGUGGUAACUUGGACAAGGGGAAAGGCAAGACUGUAUCUGGUAAGGUUUUUCACCUUGCAAAUGAAGUAUGUGGAGAAGUUCGUGUCCAUGAUGAGGUUUUGCACGCUACAGCUCUGCAGCUACCUGAGGGUGGAAAACCUGAGGGAAUUACUACGAGUGUCCAUCUCGAGAGGCCGGUAACGGGUUGUGGUAUUUGUGAUGUUGUGGAUGUUGGAACCAGGGCAAAGUUUCAAAAAUCUCAGACUGUCAAUAUUGGUAGAAGGGAUCGUUCUGUUAAGAAGGUUAGCGUAAAUACUCCAACGUCUGAACAACUGUCAUCCUUGAAUCUGAAGGAAGGGAGAAACACGAUAACCUUCGGUUUCUCUACACCUAUGAUGGGGAUGCGGCAGAUUGAUGCUCGAAUAUUUUUGUGGAAAUGGAAUACUCGUAUAGUGAUAUCAGAUGUGGAUGGAACAAUUACAAGGUCAGAUGUUCUAGGUCAGUUCAUGCCUUUAGUUGGGAUUGACUGGUCACAGACUGGUGUUGCUCAUUUAUUUUCAGAUAUCAAGGAAAAUGGCUACCAGUUACUUUUUCUCAGUGCUCGUGCAAUUUCUCAAGCACAUAACACCCGACAGUUUCUAUUCAACCUUAACCAGGACGGGAAAGUCUUACCAGAUGGUCCAGUUGUUAUUUCCCCCGACGGACUUUUUCCUUCUUUAUAUAGAGAAGUUAUCCUCAGGGCUCCACACGAAUUCAAAAUUGCAUGUUUAGAGGACAUCAGGGCACUUUUUCCUCCUGAUUGCAAUCCGUUCUAUGCUGGUUUUGGAAAUAGAGAUACUGAUGAAAUCAGCUACCUUAAGGUUGGAAUCCCAAAAGGAAAAAUAUUCAUUAUUAAUCCCAAGGGUAAGAUUUCUAUAAACCGACGGUGUUUAGACACAAAUUCAUACACUUCUCUUCACACUCUCGUGAAUGGAAUGUUUCCCCCUACAAACUCAUAUGAGCAGGAGGAUUACAAUUCAUGGAACUUCUGGAAGUUGCCCCCUGUCUAA